AUGUGGCUGAAACACUUAGUACUGCUAACCGCAGUGCUCGCCGAAGAGUUGCAAACACCUUUUACACAUGGACUACGACUAGGCGUGGUGGCGGCGGACGGCGUGGCCGCCAUUCCUCUUGAGGAACGCGUGCCGGAAUUCCCCACUCUGGGUAAGCCGAGCUUCGUGCACUGGGGACGACAGGCGCGAGGGUCUCACCAGUCGUCGGACGAGUCGUCACAGAAGGCAGCUGACCAGCGGACUGGCCUCUUGUCGGGCCUGUUGUCUCGCCUGUCGUUUGGCUUCUCUGCCGAGUCGUCCGAGGAGUCAACCGAGGCCGGUCCUAGCGAGGCCGGUCCUAGCGAGGCCAGUGCCAAACUGACCGGCAUGUACCGACCAGCCGCCUUUGAGAUCAGAGCUCCGUCCUUUUGGAAAAAAGCGAAUGCGUUACAGAGGGAUCGACUCGAGAAGAAUAUAGACUACGAAGGAAAUGUCCACAAUGCGACGGCCGCCGUCGUGGGGACGGCCGACGUGGGGACGGCCGCCGUCGUGGGGACGGCCGUCGUGGGGACGGCCGACGGGACAUCCGAGCCGAACAUGACACAGCACCGUCGUCUCCCUGAGUCGGAACAGUCGAAUGACGAAACAGCCGACGAGCGACCGGACGACAAGACUCCGAAUGGCAUGCGGUCGAGUGGCGAACGGUCAGGUGGCGAACCGUCGAUUUUCGAGGCGGGCAUCCGGUUUCAUUCCGCCAGGGGAGAAGGGGCUGGGAGACGGCGGUUGGCGGAAGCGCCACGAGGUCCUUUGCGGGGUUUGUUCCCGUUUUUCGGCGAGUCUGUGGAAGGCAAGCGUGUGGAAGGCAAGCGUGUGGAAGGCAAGUCCGUGGAAGGUUUGCGGGACGAGAAUGCCGCGGGAGACGAGAGCACGGAGGAGGAGUUGGACACUACUACUGAGCAAGUCGACACAACCGGCGAGCCGCCGGCAACAACAGAACCCUUUACGCCAGGUACCGGGAUAACUUUCGCUUACGCAGCCGACUUACCGGACUUGAGGCCUAUGAGGCCCGGUUCCAUAAACGGACUCAACCGAGGGAUUAGUGGUCGCUGGCAGGACUACUGGAGUGACAAUAGGGAUAUGCAGGUACUCAAGUCGAUGCGGGACGCCUGGAGACGUAAUGCGCUCCUGCGAGAAGUAGCGUUCGCAAAGGCUAACUUUCCGGAGGCGCUUGCCGUCCGCGCUGACGGGAACCAGCUCUUCAGAGACAGCACCAUUCCCGCGUCCACGACGACGCAAACCGAGUGGAUUCCGAUGCCGUCCUCGGGUAACUGGGGGCGGUUACGGGCCUUGGUCGCUGAGUCUUCGAUGGCGGGUUCGAAAUGGCCUUCGAAUGGGGCUGGACAUAUGGUCGAGAAGGUCAGACCUAAAUUUGUCGAGUCUAGGGUGGUGCAGCCACUGAGAAAUGACCAGCAGGUAAAGGGAAAUUAUUUACAAAAAGGGAACAGCCAAGAGAAGGGAAGUUAUUUGAACAAAGAGACUAUAUCUGAGACCCGAUCUGUGACCCGAUCUCGGUUAGGUCUGAAGGGACAGCAAGAUGCAGAGCAAUCCACAGACCAAGCUGCAGAGCAAGCAGCUGAGCAAUCCACAGAACAAUCAGCAGAACGAUUUACAGAGCAGUAUGCCGCGCAAUCUGCAGAGCAAUACGGAGUGCAGUCUGCAGCGGGUGAUAAGGAGAAGGCAGCCGGUGAGAAGGAGAAGGUAGCCGGUGAUAAGGAGAGGGUAGCCGGUGAGAAGAGGGUGCAGAAUUCGAUGGUGAUGUCGUUGCGUAAUGAGGAGGCUACGACGGCUGCGGCAGUUGCCGUGGCGGCUGGUGGUGGUGUGGGAUCGACUUCCACGUCGAAACUUAGAGCCACGUAUUCAUCGGGACAGAAUAUAUGGUUACCGGAUCCGGCUUCUCUGUACGCCCCCACCAUGCCCACUCCGGGAUGGAGGACGGACAAAACCUAUCCCGGUCGACUUAUAUUUAAGGGCGAUUUUGUGAUACCAGAUUGGUACAACACCGAACAGAUCGCUACCCAGAAACAACCGUUUCAAGUGAAUGAACCAGUUCUAGCUUUCAAGGCGCAACCCUACCAUGGCCUUGAAGGCAGCGACAGAAACUACGCCUUUCGAGACGCCUCGCUCCACCCCCCACAGGUCCCGGCGUUCAACAAAGGCUGGAAACCCAAGCGAGUAUACGACUCCUACUACUAG